AUGAGCACUACACUGACUGGAGACUAUGGUGAGCACUGCACUCUGACUGGAGGCUGUGGUGAGCACUACACUGUUACUGGAGGCUGUAGUGAGCACUACACUGUGACUGUAGGCUGUGAUGAGCACUGCACUGUGACUGGAGACUGGGGUGAGCACUACACUGUUACUGGAGGCUGUGGUGAGCACUACUCUCUGACUGGAGACUGGGGUGAACACUACACUCUGACUGGAGGCUGUGAUGAGCAUUGCACUGUGACUGGAGGCUGUGGUGAGCACUACACUGUGACUGGAGGCUGUGGUGAGCACUACACUCUGACUGGAGACUGGGGUGAGCCCUUCACUCUGACUGGAGGCUGUGAUGAGCACUGCACUGUGACUGGUGACUGUGGUGAGCACUACACUAUGACUGGAGGCUGUGGUGAGCAUUACACUCUGAUUGGAGGCUGUGGUGAGUACUACACUCUGACUGGAGGCUGUGGUGAGCACUAUACCAUGCCUGGAGGGUGUAGUGAGCACUACACUCUGACUGGAGGCUGUGGUGAGCACUGCACUUUGACUGGAGGCUGUGGUGAGCACUACACUGUGACUGGAGGCUGUGGUGUACACUACACUCUGACUGAAGGCUGUGGUGAGCACUCCACUGUGACUGGAGGCUGUGGUGAGCACUAUACUCUGAUUGGAGGCUGUGGUGAGCACUGCACUUUGACUGGAGGCUGUGGUGAGCACUACACUGUAACUGGAAGCUGUGAUGAGCACUACACUCUCACUGAAGGCUGUGGUGAGCACUGCACUGUGACUGAAGGCUGUGGUGAGCACUACACUCUGACUGGAGGCUGUGGUGAGUACUACACUCUGACUGGAGGCUGUGGUGAGCACUACACUCUGACUGGAGGCUGUGGUGAGCACUACACUCUGACUGGAAGCUGUGGUGAGUACUACACUCUAACUGGAGGCUGUGGUGACCACUACACUCUGACUGGAGGCUGUGGUGAGUACUACACUCUGAGUGGAGGCUGUGGUGAGCACUACACUCUGACUGGAGGCUGUGGUGAGCACUACACUGUGACUGGAGGCUUGAAGAGCACUACUUUGACUGGAGGCUGUGAUGGGCACAACACUGUGACUGGAGGCUGUGGUGGGCACUACACUGUGACUGGAGGCUGUGGUGGGCACUGCACUGUGACUGGAGGCUUGGUGAGCACUACACUCUGA